AUGCUCUUAGAAUCUCUGAGCACGUACCCGUCUCUCACUCCUGACACGCUACAUUCCUUCUCUCCGUACCCUCUUUCCUCGCGCGAACAUCUCCACAAAUCCCUCCUCCACCCCUCCUCUGCCUCUUCUUCUCAAGCAGGACCCAGCACCUAUCGAUCAAGCGGUAUCAGCGGUAUCCAGCUCCUACCUACCAACGCCGACCCCGACGAGCAAGCACAAGAUGCCCGGCAGUCAGCUGGUAUGAUGCGCCGGCGCGCGGAGGAGAGAGUAUUGAUGGGCAGGACGCCGGCCGGAGUCAUGCUGGGAAGGGAGGAUGAUGAGGUGACACUGGAGGAGGAGAUGAUGGAUCAAGGACAGCACGACGUGACUAUGUUUGGUCACCGAUUCUUAUUGCCGUACGGGAGAAGACAGACGCAAAUGGAAAUUGAUUCUGCGCCCUCUCCGUCGCCUUCCGAAGCAGACCACGAACGGCGACAAGAAGACCCCUCUGGCAUACUCCACCACCAUCAUCACCCCCCAGACGAUGAUACAGAGAAUGAAGAUGACGAAGAUGUGGCUGAUCUGGAUGGCAGCGUGGAGGAUAUGGACGCAAGUCAGUUCGAUGAUGAGGAAGAUGAUGAUGAGGGUCUGGAAGCGGAGGAGGCAGGCGUGGAUCUGGACGAUGGGAUGGAAGAUAUGGAUGAAGAGUAG